AUGACGAGUGAGGUCGCCCCCUGCAUGCCGUUUGAUUGGUUACGGCGCGCGUCAGGCCGUCCUGCUUUGGCAGGUGGAGGCUCCGAAGGUUCACAAAACCGGUCUCAAGACGUCUGUCGCCGCCUUAAGGAGGCACUUGACUCCUUCUUGGUGGCGGGCGAUGCCGGUGAGACAGACAAUCAGAGCUCUGCGAGCCCGUCUGAGACCGCGCUCAAGCGGCUCUCGCAGGACGUCAAGAAGCAGCUGCAGGUCAUGCUGGAGGUCCUCCUUGACCUUGAGAAGUCCAGCCAGCAUGCAGGGGGGAUGCAGAACGUGCCCGUCGUCAAAUCCUGGCUGAACCAGUUUUUGGCGAUCGACCUCCCGAAGCGACUAGUGACGCACCUGGGCCAGCUUGAGUUCGAGGUACGCAAUGACGUGGUUACUGUGUUCAGUGCCGUCGUACGAUUGGGUAGCGGCCUUGAGGACGAAGAUCCACUCCAAGAGUAUGGCCAAGCAAAUCCGCAGUUCUUCGCCCUCCUCGUGGAUGGCUACGAGAAGCCGGAGAUUGCGACGCAUUGUGGAAUGAUGCUCCGCUCCUGCGCUCGGCAAGAGAAGCUUGUGAAAGCCUUCCUAUCCCAGACGCAGGUCGUGUUGAAGUUGGUUCAGUUCACACGGCACGAGGUGUUUGACAUCUCGACAGAUGCCUUCUCCUCUCUCCACGACUUUCUCCUGAACCACCAGGACACCUCGGCACAGUUUCUGCAGGCAAACUUCCGCGACUACUUCACCAGCUACAACAGCCUCUUGCAGGAAGGGGACUAUGUGACCAAGCGCCAGGCCCUCAAGCUGCUGAGCGACCUCUUGCUGGGGCGAAAGUUCAUGAGGAUAAUGAUGCUGUACAUCGGAGACGACUCCUACCUGCAAAUUCACAUGAAUCUGCUCCGGGAUGACUCGAAGACGAUACAGCUGGAGGCCUUUCACAUUUUCAAGAUCUUCGUGGCCAAUCCGAACAGACCGCAGCGGGUCCACGCGAUUCUUUACAAGAAUAAGGAGAGGCUCAUCAGCUUGCUGCACGAGUUGACACCGCACCGGCCAGAGGACAAGCAAUUUCUGGAGGACAUGAAAACGGUCCUGAACAAGCUGGAGGCUCUGGAGCCGCCCCCUCGCCCAGAGCGCGCGGCACCUGCUGGCUACCCAGCCGGCGCCGCGGGAGCUGCGGCGCCAGAAGCCUCGCCCGCUGCAGACUCCGCGGGAGGUGCUGCCAUGGCAGACUGA